GCAAGUGGCCGGUUGGAUGGGUUGUGUAUCACUCGCUUGGUGCCAUAGUUACUGUUAGCAGCUACACGCUGUGUGUCUGUGUAUGGAUUUGCACAAUGAAAUCAGAUUGAUUAAAAAUUCUCGGUCAUUUUUAUAAUAAUAAUAAUCAUCUCUCGGGGUUUGUGGAUGUUUAAGGAGCACUGACGCUGCAGCGUGCCAACGCCUUGCAGGUAGUGAGAAAGCCAGGAGUGGACAUCACAUCGUUUACUGGACGUUCCUUCUGCACUACUGAGACAUGUCUAAAGGAUUACAUAUGCAUUCUUCAGAAUGAUGAGUAUACUAUGACCCUGAGACAAUGGCCAGCGAACCCCUCGAAGGUUUCCACGAGGUGAACCUGGCAUCACCCACCACCCCGGACUUGCACGGCAUCAACGAGCCACACGCUCCGAAGCCCAGCGCACCACCCAGUACGCUGUACCGUACACACUCCCUGACCUCUAACCCCUGUCCUCCUAAUGCUCUCUAUGUCGACCAGUUACCCACCCAGCCAGUUUACCCUGCUCCCAGAGACCUGGACAACGAUGAGCCGCACAAUGGCAGCUUGCCUGGACUGGAGGGCUCAGCCUCACAGGAGGGAGGGCCAGGUGAUGGGAGCGCCUUAUUGGGCGAAGAGGGAGAAGAUCCCUUGAGCCUGAGCACAGACAGCCUAUCACGACUCAGAAGCCCUUCUGUGAUGGAAGUCAGAGAAAAAGGAUACGAGCGGCUGAAGGAAGAGCUCGCCAAAGCUCAGAGGGAGCUUAAGUUAAAAGACGAGGAGUGUGAGAGACUUUCUAAAGUCAGGGACCAGCUGGGGCAGGAGCUGGAGGAACUCACUGCUAGCCUGUUUGAGGAGGCUCAUAAGAUGGUGCGAGAAGCGAACGUGAAGCAGGCCACAGCAGAGAAGCAGCUGAAGGAAGCCCUCGGGAAGAUUGAUGUUCUCCAGGCCGAGGUGGCUGCACUGAAGACACUCGUUCUGUCCACGUCUCCUACGUCACCAUGUAAGGAGCUGCCAUCUGGCUCCAAGGUGCCAUUUAAGAAAGGCCACGUGCGAAACAAGAGCACCAGUAGUGCAAUGCUGGGCAGCCAGCAGGAGCUUAGUGUUACUCAGCCCAUUGUACGUGACUGCAAGGAGGUGGACUCCAUUCUGUUUAAUGAGUUUAAGGCAUGGAAGGAGGAACCCACGUUUGAGCGGAGUUGCUCUUUCUUGGACCGAAUCUACAGAGAGGACAUUUAUCCAUGUCUCACGUUCUGCAAGAGUGAGCUGGGCUCAGCGAUCUUAGAGGCUGUGGAGAGAAACACACUGAGUGUGGAGCCAGUGGGAUUCCAGCCGCUGCCAGUAGUCAAAGCCUCAGCUGUGGAGUGUGGAGGGCCCAAAAAAUGCGCCCUCAGUGGCCAGACUAAAACCUGCAAGCACAGAAUCAAAUUCGGGGACUCCAGCAACUACUAUUACGUGUCUCCAUUCUGUCGGUAUCGGAUCACCUCCGUCUGUAACUUCUUUACCUACAUUCGCUACAUCCACCAAGGACUGGUCAAGCAGCAGGACGCUGAACAGAUGUUCUGGGAGGUCAUGCAGCUGCGGAAGGAGAUGUCAUACGCCAAGCUGGGCUACUUCAGAGAUGAACUGUGACUGGUCAGCAUCGAGGGAGGAACACUUGUCUCAGUGAAACACAUGCAAGUUCAGGCGAGGGGGGUUCUGCAGUUAACAAAGAGGUGUCACAGGGACCAGUUCUUUCCUCACACCUCAACACUCCAGCACUGUGUGCACGUGUGUGUGUGUGUGUGUGUGUGUGCAUGUGUGUGUGUGUGUGUGUGCGCACGUGUGUGUGUGUGUGAUUAGCCGUCUGUUUUCAGGUCCUUUCCUAUGUAAAGUACAACAUAUGCUGCUGAAGUUAUGAUUACCUGAUUUCAGUUUGUGUAUUAACUGCUACAUGAAGGAGAAUAAAAUAAAUCUAUGCUGGGUUUGGAUUUCCAUUCUGUAUGUUCUAGAAAAGAAAGCCUCUUAUCCCAACCAAUCAACUCCUCUUGAGCUUUCAGUUCAUUCUAAAUUUAGCUAGCGCCGUGUUGCUGUGCUGUUGUGUGUGUGGAACGUGCUGUACAUCUGUUUUUCUUGGAACUGUCUCAUCAGUUUUUUUUGUGUACUUUCUUCCAAAUCUCAUCACUCUUUCCCCAUUUUGAUUUUUAGUGCCUUUCUGGAACACCGAAUAAAAUUGUAUACCUCUACAGCUA